UGUGGGCAACAUUAUUGUGGCUGUCAAUACCUUCUGCUGAGUUUUGUUUGUCAAAUCUCAAAUUGUUUUGAACAGUGAGUCAUCUUGUGAAUAAUACGAAUAAUUUGUGAUUUGAUUCACAAUACAGAUCCUAACCCUUUAAAAAAAUAUAAAUAGGUAUUAGUACCUUUUUUUUUGUGUAAAGUUACUUUAAAACCGUCAAACUGGGGAACGAAAUGUCUUCGUCUGCAAUGGAAAAACAUUUAUUUAAUUUAAAAUUUGCGGUAAAAGAAUUAGAACGAAAUUCAAAGAAAUGCGAGAAAGAAGAGAAAAUAGAAAAGGAAAAGGCAAAGAAAGCAAUACAGAAAGGUAAUAUGGAAGGUGCUAGAAUACAUGCAGAAAAUGCAAUACGACAAAAGAAUCAAGCAUUGAACUACUUAAGAAUGUCAGCUAGAGUGGAUGCAGUAUCAAGCAGAGUACAAACAGCACUUACUACUAGGAAGGUCACUAACUCUAUGGCUGGUGUAGUGAAGGCAAUGGACGCUGCAAUGAAAUCAAUGAACCUUGAAAAAAUAUCAACACUAAUGGACAAAUUCGAGAGUCAGUUUGAAGAUUUGGAUGUCCAGUCUUCAUACAUGGAGAAUGCUAUGUCACAAACCACUACAACCACUGUGCCGCAGGGUGACGUAGAGAACUUGCUCCAGCAAGUUGCCGAUGAGGCUGGCCUGGAAUUGAACAUGGAGCUUCCGUCCGGGGUGCCGAGCACGUCGAUCGGCACCGCCACAGUGGUGUCCCAGGAACAGGACGAACUCACCCAGAGACUCGCCAGGCUGCGACAGGCUGAGUAACAUUUAAUAGAAUCAGGGUCCAGUGCUGUAGCUAGGGUCUAUUGCAUUAUGGUUAAAAUAAAUAAUUUAUAUGAAGACAGUUGGUCCUUGCUUUGAUGAUCUAAUAGCAGAUACUUCAUUCGAAUCGAAGUUAUAUUAUUAAUUAUAUGAGUCACAUUAUACAUUGUUUUAAAAAAAUGAGAAUCCUUUCCAAUACUCACAAAUCAUGACCCUGGCUAUGAUGCUGCAAUAUUUGUAAGUGUUAAGCUAUGAAAGCAGUAAUUACGUUGAUAUUUAUAAAGAUCAAAUGGAAAAGGAAUCUUAGAAGGAUUUUAAUUUUUUAAUUUUAUUGUUAGACCAUGUUCAGAUGAAAUGCUUUUCUAAUAUGCGUUUAUACACUAUUAAAAAUAUCUGUUGAUUGUAUUUAAGUCAAAAGAUGCAUUGAAUGGACUGUGCAAUCCUAUGUCGAGUGAAUGUUGGUUCAAAUAUAUGUGAAAUGAAGCAAAUACGUGGUCAAUAGUUGUCGUGUUUUAGAAAUCUAAUUGGUCCACAUGAAACUUUUAUUGGGGCUGAAGAGUAUUACACUUACACCUUUAUCAAUUAUUUUUGCAUCAUCCUACAAAUCGGCCUUAUCUUUAAGGCUUAAAUCAAAUAAUAUGGUGCCAUGGAAUUCAACUCCAUGUAGGCUACGAUCACUAACGAAAACCAUGUCUUGCACAGCCUUCAUCUGAACAAGGCCUUAGAGAAAACAUUUUGUUGCUGUAUUAUUUUCUAUUCCAUACAUGUAAAUGAAUACUGUGAUUGUUAAAUAAAUCCCACAACAUAGUUAUGUAUAUUAAAUAGCUUUUGUAAAUUAUCUUUAUAAAAAUAAAUUUUAUUUCAUUGUAUUAGA